ACAUUUUUCAGUUUAAAAACAUUUGACUAAUUUUUAAUAUGCUAUAUUAGGCGGAAUUUUUGUAGCGAAACGAAAAAAAUUUUCGUAUUUCAGUACUGUGUAUUGAUAAAAUCUAAAAUGAUAUUUGUCUAAUAUUUAAAUUGAUACCAAGCACCAACAGGCAUGGAAGAAAAUACAGAAAGAAGAAAGGAAACGAUUUUAUUUUAUACAUUUAUUAAAACUAUAAAAGCCUUUCUUUUAAUAUUUCUUGUAUUUAUUGUGAGUUACUUGCACUCCAAAUAUGUCAGUUUUUUAUUUGAAAAUGACAGAAAUUUCUCAUACCUCUCUGACUUGGAGCGAGAAAUGUCCUUCCGCACAGAAAUGGGAUUCUAUUACUCAUACUAUAAGACAAUUGUGGAAGAGAAACCAUUUGUUGCUGGCAUUUCUAAGUUGAUGUAUGAUCGAAUUGUCGAGUAUCCAAAAGAAGUAAAUGCCUUUAAUAGAUUUAAUAUACACCCAGAGGUCUUAGUAGGAGCUCUAUACCGUUAUUUAGAGCCAUGGCUCAAUACCACCUCAUAUCGCCAGUGCCACAUAGUAGACCGUGGUGAAAGCCACGAUCCAGUGGAAAGCUGUGUUGGUUUGGGCCACCCGAUUUUCUUUUAUUUGGAGGCUGUGUGGAUCUUUGCUGGAGUUAAUGUUGCAGCAUUGUUUUUGCAUGCUAUGGAAUUAAGUGAAAGCUACCUCGGUGGUUGUCUAGCUGUUCUCCAAUACUUUGCCAAUCACGCGGAAUGUACAAGGGUCCAAUGGGCACCCAAUGAGAGGGAGAACUUUGCUGGUCCCUUAUUGUUAUUGCAGACUUAUUUGCUGACCAUACAAAUACAUGACAAACGGAAUACUAUACAGCUACAGAUUGGAAUCGUUCUACUCAACUGCCUCUGUCUCCUGUUUUGGCAAUUCACACAAUUCAUAUUUCUAACCCAAAUUGCUAUAUUCUUUUUGAUGGAACAGUUAAGAGUUAUAGAUACACGGCAACUUUCUAUAUUACUACACUCUCACUAUUGUGGCUUACAUAUGGCUAUACUUUUACUCCAAGGGAAUGAAAUGUUAAAGUCCUCGUUAUAUGCUUGUCUUUUUCUAGUAGUUUCUACAUAUUGUCUAUUCUUUAGUGGGCUUCGUAUAAAGGUCAAAAAUAGAUUUGACUUUUUGGUUGAGUCCUGGCUAGUUAUACUUAGAGUGUCUAUUGUUAUCUGUGGUUCGAUAUCUUUGAAAAAAAUAAUUAGCGACUUCCUAGAAGUGGAAGAGGACACGCACGUCUGGGAGAUUCUAUUUUCAAAAUUCACAGAUUAUAAAACAUUCCAUACAUUAAUGUAUACUUGUUCGGAGGUAUUUGACUUUCUACCGUUCAGUUCUAUUAGAAAUAUGAUUGAAACCUUUUUGAUUCCAUAUGUAUUAUUCGGAGUAAUAAACGCGGUAUACUUUUGGAUUAAUAAGAAAGAGACAGAAAAUGUUAACAAGGAAGAGGAGAGACUGAUCGAUGACGAGGACAGCGGAAUUGAGAAUAAUGAAACGAAUAUUCGAAAAGGGGACACAGAUUUGGAUGUUUUAAAUAAGGACGUAGACAAUACAGAGAAGGAUAACUUGAUACAUUUUCUCUCUGGUUUAUCUAUGGACGCUGCGGUAUUUUAUAAUAUAUCACAAAUGGUUGUCUAUGGUGUCAUGGCAGCGUUAGUGAUGCGACUCAAGCUGCUAUUUACGACGCAAAUGUGCUUGAUGUCUUCUUUGGUGUUCAAGAAAAAGUUUUAUAUCUACCCACAUUCCGUUAUGAAGUAUUUAAUAGUAAUAUUGUUUGUGGGUAUUUUUCCUAUGAUGUGCAAUCUAGUCAAAAAUGUCAGUAAAGAGAUGUCUCAUAUGGGUGAAUUUAGCGAUUACAACCAAGAGGAACUUCUGCUGUGGUUAGGGAAGCAAGGUCCCGGGGCUAUAGCGGGUUCGAUGCCCCUCCUAGCCACGAUAAUGCUCACGACCAAAAGGCCGAUAGUCGCGCAUCCACACUACGAACAUCUGGAAGCGAGACAGCGUGCGUACACAGUAUACAAGAUGUACGGCCGAUUUUCACCGCACGAGCUCUACCAGGAGUUGAGCAAACUCCGCGCCACUUACCUCGUCGUUGAGACCAAGUACUGUUACGGGAGGAGCAGCAAAGGCUGCUCCUUAUCCGAGAUAUGGGACCUGGAGUCUCCGGUAAACCGCGAAUUGCCGCCCCUUUGCGACACGCUUCUAACGACGACGGUAGAUCAUUUCUACCCGCUUUUUCGAAAUGCGCAUUACGCCGUAUUUAGGAUACACGACCUUAGUGUGAGGUACAUGCCAAGGAGUUUUGACACUUGACAUUAACGAGUGUCAUGGAACUAAGAUUUUAGAAUUUGAGACUGACAUUGACAUUUCGUGAAAAUAUUUUUUUUCUUUCUCCCAUCUGCAAUCAGCCUCUUGGCUUUUCAUCAGAUUUUAAGACAAUUAGGGAAUGCAAAUCCAAUAAUUUGUUUUCCCUCCGUAACUUGUAAUCUAUUGACUAUUGCACUCUAUUCGAGUUAGGGUCCUUCAAGAAAAUAGCAUAUCAAUUCUUAAAGGGCCGUCAACGCACUCGCGACCCCUCUGAUAUUGAGAGUAGAGCGGCGGUAUCACUUAACAUCCGGUGAGCAUCCUGCCCAUAUCAAAGAAAUUCAAUGUUUCCAAGAGGCCCGAAGCUUGAGCUUUGACUGAAGUCUCCUCUUGUGUUGUUCGGUUGAUGUUUUAAUGUCUUCCUUCACAGUUGUAAUUGCCAAAUAACUAUGAUGAAUUCGUAAGAAAAUAUGUUUUUUGCCAAGAAUGAAAUGUAUGUCCGUAUGUCAGAAAUAGGAUUUGACUUUCUUCACUUAGCGCUAAGUUCCCAACCCUUAUUAAUAAGUAUUCUAACUGCAGUCUAUGGACUAAUCAUUCAUCUCUUCGGUCAAAUUGUGUUUAUGCUGUGACAAAAACAGAUUGACUAUGACUUCAAAACCAAUUCGACUUAGGGUCCUUGAAGAAAAGGGCAUACCGAUUCUUACAAGGCUGACUUACAAGCUUUCCGGCUAUGACAUCCAAUGAGUUACAUUUAAUUAUCUUAUUCAAUAAUUAUGAAUAAAUGUGAGGGUUCAUGUAUUAAGGAUGGGAUAGGUUUAGAAAGAUUUGAUUUGAAACUUUUAGUUUAUUGUAACAUUGUUUUUGAUUUAUCUAACUUAAAAUGUAGGUAAAAUAAGAAUUUUAAAUUCACUCGAAUAUCUUUGAAAACUGGUGUUAAUUAUUCUCUAGAAGAGUCUAGAAGAUAAGAAGAUACUUCACAUUUCAACAUCAAUAAUUUUAAUGUUGAAGUCCCGAAGAAUAUGGAACUUCAUAGAUGUAAUGUUAAAAUACAUGUUUGUAGUACCUUGAUCAUAAAAACUACUUCACUUAAGCAACACUUUUCUUUUAAAAGAAAAGAAUUAGAGUAAAAAUUAAUUUUAAAUAAGUUUUGUAGUUUCUAUGAUCUUUUUGUAAUAUCAAAUAGUCUGUAUUGAAGAAAAUAAAAAUAUUUGAGUAUUAAGACAAUAAUGUGAUGUUUCAAUAUGUUGAAAUAUAUUAUUCUCUAUAUAUAGUAAUUAAUUUUAUUUAACUAUUUAUAAAAGUUAGUGAGGACUGAGGUCAGAGGUUCGAUCCUCGGCUUUGUCUAUGUGCGUGUUUAACAUUCGCACGUACGUGAGAAAAAGCUUGCCUUAGACCCAAAAAAGUCGACGGCGUGCAUCAGGCACAGAAGGCUGAUCACCUACUUGCCUAUAAGAUUAACAAAUGAUCAUGAAACAGAUACAGUAACCUGAGACCCAAACCUAAAAAGGUAGUGCGUAUUUUUUUAUUUAACUAUGUAUUUGGUUUUAAAUUCACUAAUAAACUAAUUAUUGUCCGAUAGAUGGCGUUAUAACAGUAAGGUAACAAUGAAUUGAAGUUGUUAAUGACCACUAUAGCUUUAUUCGAUCUUAGUGAAUCAUUUUUAUUUCGGGAUGGAGCAACAACGUUGAUACGCAACAUGUAGUCAGACGCAUCUACAGCCCUAUCCCUAGCGAUCUGCGUCUUCAAAGCAAGCAUCUCACUAUAUACUU